ACGUUUCGAGUUAUUUAGUCAGACCGGAAGUUUAGAUUAUUUUGUGCCAACAGAGCAAGAUUUUUUUGCCGAAAUUUUGAUUCCGAGCCUAUCCUGGACAUAAAUCUGUCAAAUUUCGUUGAGUUAAAUUAUGGACGCCCCAUCUAACUUUCGACAAUCCUCUGGUAAAAGAAAAGGAGGUAAAAGCAGGGCACAGAAACCAACCGUCUUUGAUGACACAAGUGUCCAGCACGGCCCUCCACAGCAAAGCUUUGGACAGCCACAGCCUAAUUUUUAUGACCCAGGUGCCCAGCAGUUUGGUGGUGGUGGACCACCUGGUCAAGAACAAGCAUGGGGUAACCAGUUUCCUGGGCAACAAAUAUUCAACGAUCCAAUGGCAAAUAUGGCUAUGCAAUACGGAACUUCUUUAGCUGGCCAGGGCAAAGAUAUUGUUAAUAAAAAUUUAGAAAAAUAUGUGUCGACAUCAAAAUUAAAAUACUAUUUUGCAGUAGAUACGUCUUAUGUUGGAAAGAAACUUUUAAUGCUUCUCUUUCCCUAUUCUCAUACAAAUUGGUCUAUAAAGUUUGACCAGGAUCAACCAGUGGCACCAAGAUUUGAUGAGAAUGCACCAGAUUUAUAUAUCCCAGUUAUGGCGUUUGUUACAUAUGUUUUAGUCUCUGGAAUAGUAUUAGGAACACAAGAAAGGUUUACACCGGAACAACUAGGUUUACAGGCCAGUACAGCUUUAGUUUGGAUUAUAAUUGAACUUGUAGCUGUUAUGCUGAGUUUAUACAUAAUGAAUCUAUCAACGGAACUCAAAUACAUGGAUAUUCUGGCAUACACUGGGUACAAAUUUGUUGGGAUGAUUUUCAGUUUAUUAGGAGGAAUGUUGUUUCAGUCAACAGGCUACUAUGGGGUUCUAGCUUGGUUCAGUAUUGCUAUUGUUUUCUUUUUGGUACGUACAUUAAAAAGUCAAAUAAUGCCAAGGUCAGAGACUGAAGGUUACACAGGAUCAGGGACCAAAAGGAGUUUAUAUCUUAUACUGUCUAUAUCUUUCGCUCAGCCAGUACUGAUGUGGUGGCUUACUAGACAUAUUGUGUUUGCCAAAUAGUGACAUUAACUUCAUGCAUAGCUGAAAUGAAAUGUGCUCAUGUUAAGAAGAAAAAAAAACACAAGUGUUUGUGUGUACUCUUGAAACCAUUGUGGAGGCAGAGGAAAAUUUUGAAUUUAAAACAAAUAUUGAAUAAAAAUUAUAAAUAUAUCCUUGAUACUAACUUCUAUCUCAAAGGAGUGGGAUCUUAAUUGAUAAUUUUCUAAGUUAAGGCGAUUUAUUUAUAUUAUAUGAAGAUCAUAUGAAAAUUGUUAUUUAUGUGUUAUAGAGAGCAGUCAAAAAUCCAAGAAUUCUGAUUGGUUUGUUUAAAUCUCCUAUUUGAAUUUGACCAAUAAGAUUGUUGCAUUUGGAGACUGGUUUACAAUUUCAAGGGAAGAGUGUGACCUGUUAAUAUGAGCAUGCCAUAACAAAAUAUUCACAGAGUGCUUGAAAAUAAUAAUAUUUUGAAUAUUA